AUGUCUGCCGCUACCCGCUUACGCCACUUUUCCACUGGCUCUGCAAGCUUUGUUGUGACCUUCCCCGUCGACGACCUGGAACUUGCGACUUCCUGGACUCAGACGGCACUGUCUGGUACGAGCAUCAGAUCACGUUCGACACUUUCGUGGCCGGCUCGAAGAAGCGCGAUCACUGCCUUCCCCGCCCUGAUUCCGCGUCCGACGCUGGUACGUGAUGCCGUGGCCGCCCGAGUCGGGGAGGAAGGCCCAGCGUACAUGUUCUACACAGGCUGUACCAUCGCCGACACUCCCGUCUCGCCAGCUGCAGACGAACUAGCCCCAGCUGCCGCCAUGAGGGCGCCUACGGAAGACGAGAAGCAGGUGCUCGAUGGGCUGACGAAGCGCUACCGCGACCUAGACACCGCUCACACCGCCGCUGCCGCCACCGGGAGCCUCGUCGCCGUCGUCAAAGCCCUUUGCCCGCGACCCGUUCGUGCGCCUCCCCCCUCAUACGCCACGUACGUCGCCACCGUACCAGUGGACAAGAUCGACGAAGCUCCUGCCGGCGUGCCCGAGGGUCUGGUCUGGUAUGAGCGCCAGAUAACGUUCGGCGGCAUCGCUGAGCUCCUCGCCCGACUCGAACAAGCUAUCGCCGCUUAA